AUUGCAGCUGUCAUAUGUUAUUGUCAAUAGACAGGUCAAAUAAAAAUAGAAAUAGGAAAAAAAACAGAACCAGAGUCACAUAGACUUGUGAAGAAGAAAGAAAAAUAUUGAAACAAAAAAAAACGAUGAGGACGACAUAAAAAAAACUCGUAAAUAUAUUUAAGAACUCGGUUGUAAAAUGUCGUUUAACUAUCCGACAAUAAAUGGCAAUGGAUUACCAGCGAUGUUGCCAUUGCUAACGAAUUUGGCGAAUGGGAAUCAUUUUCUUCCGACUUUGACGACAAAUCAAGCUGUUUCGGCUGGUCUAUUUACGGCUCACAAUCCAACGGUGGCCACAUCAUUAGGUGAAAAUGCCAUGGAAUUUGGUCGAACCCAAGCUAAACUCUGCCAAAUUCAACCGGGAGCUGGCCCAAUGGAUUUGGAAACGUUGAACGAUGAACGUGACACGCAAUCGUACAUGCAGAGUCCGUCGGGCAGUGAAUUGAGCCUGGCAUCCACACAAAGUGUUCGUAAAAUGGAUGAAAAUAGUGAGAAAAGCUUUCCAACAUUUAAUCCAUGUGAUGUGAUGUACAAUAUGGGGAUACCUUCUCAAAAUCUUAUGAUGAUGCCUGGUGUUAUGAAUAUGGUUCGUGAUGCAUCGUCAAUGGUACAAACUCUCCCACAAUUUUCCCUUCUCAAUCAAAUGCCCGUGCAAACAUCGUCGGUUGUGUCCACAGCCAAUCUGACCGAUACGAUUGCCACACUUACCACGGCCACCACAUCGUCGAUCAAUUCCACUGGAAUGAUAAAAGAAACGAUUACAUGUAAAUCGUGUGUCUUAUUACCACCAAACCCGAAUGCACCGCCGCCAUCGACCCGCGAAAGACCAAGCGGCUGUCGAACCGUCUUUGUUGGCGGCCUACCCGAGAACAUAACCGAAGAUAUAAUUCGUGAAGUGUUCGAACGAUGCGGUGAAAUAACCACGCUGCGACUGUCAAAGAAGAAUUUUUGUCACAUUCGUUUCGUUUUUGAAGCUUCAGUCGACUCGGCCAUUUACCUUUCCGGGUAUCGCAUUCGCAUCAACAAUCUCUCCGAUUCGCUGAAUUGUGGACGCUUGCAUGUUGACUUUGCACAAGCCAGAGAUGAUCAGUACGAAUUUGAGUGCAAACAAAGGCAAUGGCAACGUGAACAAAGGCACAGAGAACGCAUCGAACGUGAUCGAUUAAAACUCUCACCGCCAAUCGUUUACUUUAGCGAACAUGAGGCUGCUUCCAUUGCCGAGAAAUUGAAACAAGACGACACAUUCUCGAAAGCAGUACACAUAUUUGUUAAUUGGCUGGAACGCGGCGAUGCAACAAAGAAAAACUCAAACACUUUUUACUCAAUGAUCCAGAGCACAAAUUCGCAUGUGCGACGAUUGCUGAACGAAAAAACGGCAUACGAAGAGGAAUUGAACAAAGCCAAAGAGACGCAUCGCAAACAAAUGCAAAAUCUGUCCACACAACUCUCACAAAUUGAAAGAGUAUUUGGUGCUGCAAGUCACAAAAAAGUCUGGGAUCACUUCACCAAAGCUCAGCGAAAGAAUAUCGAUUUGUGGAAAAAGCAGUUACUGGAAAUUCAAGUGCCACAGGAAUCGCUUGAAAGUCAUGACACAGACGAAAUGGAAAUGUCCGAUGACGAUGAUGCAGCUAAUUUACGGUAUGGCAAACGAUCCAGAAUUAAUGCCAAGGAUAAUGAAAGUAAAAAGUCUGAUUCAAUGGCCUAUGCGAAUAGCUCGAAAGCCUUAGAUGUAAGGGAGCAACAGCUAAAAGUGUUGCAUGAAACGAUACGUAAUCUUCAAACGCAGUUGCUGGAAAAUAAAACCAAAGAGAGGGAGAAUCUGACGAGAAUCAGUGAAUUGGAGGACAAAUUGAAGCAGGCAAAUGUCAAGGAGUUAUUGUUAAAAACGCGAAUUGUCGAGGCGUCCAAGGGUUCCAUUACUUCGAUUUCCGAUCAUGCAUCGGAAUCGAGUGAUAGCGACAAGGACGUUGUUUGUGUUGAUGACGGUGAACCGCAUCAAAUCAAAGAAGAAUCACAAAAACCGACCGAUUCAAAAGCUGCACCGAAACCAACGGAAUCGAACGCAAGCGAAAGUGUGGGUGAUGGCAGUCGUCACAUGAUUGAUGUGGAUGAAGCGCGCCUUAUUGGAUUGAUUUCGUCAUUUCUUUUGGUGCAUCCGUUUGGUGCUUGUCUAAGUAAUAUCUUAACCUAUGUUCAACAAGUUUCCGUGCAAUUGCGUGCCAAAGAUGUCGAAGACAUUUUGAGCCGUUACAAGAGCAUCUUCAAUGAAAUGGAUCAUCAGCCAAAUGGUGUCGAGUCAUCAUCAAUAACGACCGAACGCAAAUGGAAAUUCUGUGGAUUCAAUUAGACCAGUAAUUCGACAAUCGUCAUACAUGAUUGGACAUCAUUGAAUAAGUAGCGCUAGUUCGCUUUUUUGUCACCUUUUAUUUGCACACCAUCGCGCGUCACUUUCAAUCAAAAACUAAUUGCUGCAAUAGAAUUGCAUGGAAUUUAAUUUACAAAAAUAUCAACCACUUUUUUUAAGCUAAAUUUUUUACGAAAUAAGUUUAUUUAUUUAGAUAUUGUCGAACAAGUCAUUGUAAUGGUUUCGAUUUUCUUCUUGCCCAUUCACACUCACCAAAGCUAAUUUAUAUACACAAAUACCAUACAUUUUAUGAUGGAAUCAACGUUUUUGUUCUGUCUUGUUUUUUGCAUGAAUAAAUAAAAAUAAAAAUUGUAAUUGGAAAAUGAA